AUGAUCGAUGAUCAAGAUCUGGGCUUCUUUGCUAAUUUUCUCGGUAUCUUUAUUUUCGUACUGGUAAUUGCUUAUCAUUAUGUGAUGGCUGAUCCAAAAUAUGAAGGAAACUAAGAGUCUUUUUGUACUAGAUGUCAUCAGUGAGAGAUAUGUAAUGUUGUUUUAUGUGCUUUAUGUUUGCAACUUAUCAGCAGAAUACUCUGUCGUUUAAAGGCCAUUUCUUGUGCUGAAUAACUGUGUUGUUUGCAAUUUUUCUAGACAAAGUUCUGGCUGUGUUCGACUCUCACAGUGUUGGCACCACUGGUGGUUGCAUUAGUGAUACUGUGAUGGUGGAACUGUGGUCUUAGAAAUAUAUAUAUUUUUUCUUUUAA